CUCGUGUAUAAAAGAGUCGCGUUAUCUGCAGACCCCCUCGUGACUUACUGUACCCAUUAUCUCAAACCCGAACAAAUUCAAUAUGGACAACCAAGCUUACAAACACCCUUACGGCCAGAAUGUACCACCCCCGGGGUAUGCGCCUCAGUACCCACAGCAGAUGCAUCAAAGCUCGUCCAACGUGACUGUCGUAACGGCCGGUGGGUUUCAGCCAGCACCAGUUAUCGUUACUCCCCCAGAGCGUGACUGGACGGUUCCCGCCGUUAUGGUCACUCUGUGCUGCUUCUUCCCGACAGGAAUCUGCGCCAUCAUUGCUGCUGUCAACGCAAGGAGCCAGUUUCUCGCGGGUGACACUGAGGGGGCAAGGUCUAGUAACGCCUGGGCCAGGGGUCUGACCUUCGCCUCGAUAGGGUUUGGAGUCGCGUGGAUUGGCGUUGUCAUAGCAUUGUACAUAUGGGUGUGGUCCGUGGCGACGUCAUUGAAUGGCUAUUAGAUAGGGGAAGGAGCAGAGGUUACUCUGACAGAGGACCGAUACAUACGGAAAUGUGGCGUCAUAAAAAAAUGUUCCAUUAUGUUUAUGGAUUUCGAAAUAAAGAAUAAAUUUUUGUAUUAAUAAAAGUGAAAUAAUAAAGCAUAAAAAACAUU